AUGGCGUCUUUAGCGAGAGAAUGGUUCGUCGCCCACGAGAGCGGAACGGAAGCGUUGACGAUUUUGAAAGAGGCGAAAGAGGAGUUAUCGUCCAUGUUAAAGAAGAAGAAGGAAAAGAAGGACAAGAAGAAGAACGAAAACGAGGACUUUUCUUCUUCACCGUACCACGUAAAAGUCCAGGAGAAGAUUAAAUCGAUACUCCCGAGCGACGAUAUGUUGAACUGUUUGAUGAAACGAGGCAAGUACGCGAAUUUUUCCUCCGCCGCGGACGCGGAACGUGUGGACGAAGCGUGCGAAAAGUUGCGAAGAAUCGUGGAAGAAUUGGAAAGUAUUUCGAAACAAAUGGAGGAAACGUUCGAGAGUUUUACGAGUGCGUUUGAAAACGGCGGAAAAGAAGUUCAAGAAGUUAAAGAAGAAGAAGAAAAGAAUCCGCCGGAACACCUAGCGCGAAGAGACGAAGAAAAAGAAGAAGGGCACGGCCGACAAGGAAGGGACAGAGAACCUCGGGGGAGACGGAGGAGCAGAAGCAGAAGCAGCAGGGGAAGGGACAGACGGCGAGGAAAGGAAGCAGAGCAGAAAGAAGACGAGGCGGAAGAAGCCGUCGUCCUCGCGAAGCGUUUAUCGUUUCUAGAAACGACGAAAAAAGAACAGACCGACGACGAAGCGCCGUCGCCAAAAGUGCACUGGAUGCACAACGUCCCCAACGCGGCACUUUCCACUCGCUUUUCUCUCUCCAACACUACCGUUGAGAUGAACAACAACAACAACAAACGGUCUUUCGAACAGUGGCUCUUCCUUUGCGCGAGCGCUUUAGAAGGCACGCGCAAAGAACUCCGCGUAAAGCAAGUCGUCGCCGAGAAGGCGUUGGACAGUUUGCGGGGGUCUUUCUCCUCCUCGAAUACGAAUACUAGCAAUAGCACAAGGAGCCACACAGAAGAAGGAGAAGAAAAAGAAGACAAUAAUGGAGUGUUGUUGUUCGACAGUCUCUUGGACGCUUGGGACGUCCAAGCGUUCGUGGACGACGACGCCUUUCGCGCCUUAUCGUCAGAAAGCGCAGAGUAG